AUUAGAAUUAGCGGUAUCAGAUACAAUAAAAGCUGUUGAUGGUACCCAACCUAUUGAAGAUUUCUUCGGUAGGAUUUACACGAUUUAUUCUCAGUCAGCAAAACUGCAAAGAGAGCUGAAGAAUAUUGCUGCCGAACUAGAUGUUCAGCUGCGCAAAGUAGACAAAAUUUUGACAACAAGAUGGGUUGCAUCUUCGUCCCGUGCGGUAGAAUCUUUUUGGAGAAAUUAUCCUGCACUAUACAAGCAUUUCCACACACUUUCACAGUCCAACGACAAGCACAAAGCAACAUAUGCGGGAUUAGUAAAACGUAUGGAAACAAUAGAGUUCGUUGAAGACGUAGCUAUUAUGAAAGACUGCCUUGGACAACUUUCAAUCUUGUCCGAAUCACUACAGAAGGAUCGCACCACGCUCCUUAAAGCAUCUGACUACUUGCAAUGGACGAUAAACGCACUGGAAAAGAUAAAAGAUUCUUUGGAAACAAAGUAUGAAUUUAGGAACAUUUACGAUUCCUCAGUAGAGUUUAAAGGCGUGGAGUUAAAGUCAUUUCAGUCCCGGACUGGAUACAAAUCGUUCAACCGAAAGCAAUUUCUACAGGGUUUGAUUGAUAACCUCCAAAGAAGGAUGAUCGUUUCAUCUGAGAAAAUAUUGUUAAAUCAAAUUGAAUCCCUCUGCCCAGAAAAAUGGUCAAGGGGGGAAAAGAUUCCAUGGCUCAAAGGUGAGCAAGAUGUCAUAUCACUUUGCGAGAGAUUUAACAUCAAUGCGACAGGCAUAGUUACAUCGUAUCGAGAAUUUUUCAAUGAUCCUCGAAACAUUCCCUCGCUUGUUGAAGAAAGGCUCCUAAAAGGGCUUAUUCAAAUUGUACCAGUUAGUAGUGCAGAGGCAGAGAGGGGAUUUUCACAAAUGAACUUAGUGUGUACAAAGUCGAGCUCUAGCAUGUCUGUUUCUCAUUUAUCCUCCUUGAUGUUCAUAAGCAUCAAUGGUCCGCCAGUACAAUUUUGGGAGGCAAGUUUAGCUGUCCAACAAUGGCUGGAACACCACAAGUCUGCUGAAAAUAAUCAAACUAGAAAAAUGAAGCAGACGACAGAAGCAGAGCUCACACCUUUACAACGAUUUUUU